AUGGGCUGGGGGAGCCGUUGCUGCUGCCCGGGACGGCUGGACCUGCUGUGCCUGCUGGCGCUGCUCGGGGGCUGCCUGCUCCCCGUGUGCCGGACGCGCGUCUACACCAACCACUGGGCGGUCAAAAUCUCCGGCGGCUUCCCGGAGGCCAACCGCAUCGCCAGCAAGUAUGGAUUCAUCAACUUAGGACAGAUUGGGGCCCUGAAGGACUACUACCACUUCUACCACAGCAGGACGAUUAAAAGGUCAGUUGUCUCGAGCAGAGGAACCCACAGUUUCAUUUCAAUGGAACCAAAGGUGGAGUGGAUCCAACAGCAAGUGGUAAAAAAACGGACAAAGAGGGAUUAUGACUUCAGUCGUGCUCAGUCUACUUACUUCAAUGAUCCCAAGUGGCCAAGCAUGUGGUAUAUGCACUGCAGCGACAACACGCAUCCCUGCCAAUCAGACAUGAAUAUUGAAGGGGCGUGGAAGAGAGGCUACACGGGAAAGAACAUUGUGGUCACCAUCCUGGACGAUGGCAUCGAGAGGACACAUCCAGAUUUGAUGCAGAACUAUGAUGCCUUGGCGAGUUGUGACGUGAAUGGGAAUGACUUGGACCCAAUGCCUCGUUAUGAUGCAAGCAACGAGAACAAGCAUGGGACCCGCUGUGCUGGAGAAGUGGCAGCGGCUGCAAACAACUCUCAUUGCACAGUCGGAAUUGCUUUCAACGCCAAGAUCGGAGGGGUGCGAAUGCUGGAUGGGGAUGUCACGGACAUGGUGGAGGCAAAAUCGGUGAGCUUCAAUCCCCAGCACGUGCACAUUUACAGUGCCAGCUGGGGCCCAGACGAUGACGGCAAGACAGUGGAUGGACCAGCGCCGCUCACCCGACAAGCCUUCGAAAACGGCGUUAGAAUGGGGAGGAGAGGCCUCGGCUCUGUUUUUGUCUGGGCAUCGGGGAAUGGUGGACGGAGCAAAGACCACUGCUCCUGUGACGGCUACACCAACAGCAUCUACACCAUCUCCAUCAGCAGCACUGCAGAAAGCGGAAAGAAACCCUGGUACCUGGAAGAGUGUGCGUCCACGCUGGCCACAACCUACAGCAGUGGAGAAUCCUACGAUAAGAAAAUAAUUACCACGGAUCUGAGGCAGCGCUGCACAGACAACCACACGGGGACGUCAGCCUCAGCCCCCAUGGCUGCAGGCAUCAUCGCACUGGCCCUGGAAGCCAAUCCGUUUCUGACGUGGAGAGAUGUGCAGCAUGUUAUUGUCAGGACUUCCCGUGCAGGACAUUUGAACGCUAAUGACUGGAAAACCAAUGCUGCUGGUUUUAAGGUGAGCCACCUCUAUGGAUUCGGACUGAUGGAUGCAGAGGCCAUGGUGAUGGAGGCCGAGAAGUGGACCACGGUUCCCCAGCAGCACGUGUGUGUGGAGAGCACAGACCGACAAAUCAAGACGAUUCGCCCCAACAGCGCAGUGCGCUCCAUCUACAAAGCCUCGGGCUGCUCCAAAAACCCCAACCACCAUGUCAAUUACCUGGAGCACGUAGUUGUGCGCGUAACCAUCACCCACCCCAGGAGGGGAGACCUGGCCAUCUACCUGACCUCGCCCUCGGGAACCAGAUCCCAGCUUUUGGCCAACAGGCUAUUUGAUCAUUCCAUGGAAGGAUUUAAAAACUGGGAGUUCAUGACCAUUCAUUGCUGGGGAGAACGAGCUGCAGGUGACUGGAUCCUGGAGGUUUAUGAUACACCCUCUCAGCUAAGGAACUUCAAGACUCCAGGUAAAUUGAAAGAAUGGUCCUUGGUCCUCUAUGGCACCUCCGUGCAACCCUACUCACCCACCAACGAGUUCCCUAAAGUGGAGCGUGUCCGCUAUAGCCGAGUCGAAGACCCCACGGAUGACUACGGCACAGAGGACUACACAGGUGCGUGCGACCCUGAGUGCAGUGAGGUUGGCUGCGAUGGACCGGGACCUGAACACUGCAACGACUGCUUGCACUAUUACUACAAGCUGAAGAACAACACCAGGAUCUGUGUCCCCAGCUGCCCCACUGGCCACUACCAUGCUGACAAGAAACGAUGCAGAAAAUGUGCCCCCAACUGCGAAUCCUGCUUUGGCAGCCACAGUGACCAGUGCCUGUCCUGUAAAUAUGGCUACUUCCUGAAUGAAGAAACCAACAGCUGUGUUACUCACUGCCCUGAAGGAUAUUAUCAGGACACCCAGAAAAAUCUUUGCCGGAAAUGCAGUGAAAACUGCAAGACGUGUACUGAAUACCAUAACUGUACAGAAUGUAGGGAUGGGUUAAGCCUGUGGGGAUCCCAGUGCAUCGUCACCUGUGAAGACAGAUGGUACUUCAACGGCCAGGACUGCCAGCCCUGCCACCGCUUCUGUGCCACUUGCACUGGUCCAGGUGCUGAUGGGUGCAUUAACUGCACCGAAGGUUACUACAUGGAGGAUGGGAGAUGUGUGCAGAGCUGCAGUAUCAGCUAUUACUUCCACCACUCUUCAGAGAAUGGAUUCAAAUCCUGCAAAAAAUGUGAUGGCAGCUGCUUGACUUGCAAUGGUCCAGGGUUCAAGAACUGUACAAGCUGCCCCAGUGGGUACCUCUUAGACUUAGGGAUGUGUCAAAUGGGAGCCAUCUGCAAGGAUGGAGAAUACAUUGAUGAGCAUGGCCGCUGCCAGAUCUGUGAAGCCUCAUGUGCCAAGUGCCGUGGGCCAACCCAGGAAGACUGUACUGGCUGCCCCAUCACAAGGAUUUUUGAUGAUGGCCUCUGUGUUCUCGACUGUCCCUCAUGGAAAUUUGAAUUUGAAAGCCAAUGCUAUCCCUGUCACCACACCUGCCAGGAAUGCCAAGGGAGUGGGCCUUCCAACUGCACCUCCUGUGGAGCAGAUGAGCAUGGCCGACAGCACUCCCUGUUCCGGGGCGAGUGCCGAGAGAACUGCCCUGCAGGCCACCGCCCCGUGGAGGGUAACGUCUGCCUCCCCUGCCCAGACAACUGUGAGCUCUGCCACAGCCCACACAUCUGCACGCGGUGCAUGGACAGCUACUUCCUGGUGCCCACCAACCACACCUGCCAGAAGCUAGAGUGCGGGCAAGGUGAAGUACAAGACCCAAACUAUGAAGAAUGUGUUCCUUGUGAAGAAGGAUGUCUAGGAUGCAGCUUGGAUGAUCCAGGAACCUGUACCUCAUGUGCCAUGGGGUAUUACAUGUUUGAACACCGCUGCUACAGAACCUGUCCUGAGAAGACAUAUGCUGAAGAAUUUGAAUGCAAAGAGUGUGAUACCAACUGUGGCAACUGUGACCAAAAUGAGUGUUACUGGUGUGAAGAGGGCUUCUUUCUCUUAGGUGGCAGUUGUGUGAGUAAAUGUGGCCCUGGCUUCUACGGUGACCCAGAAAUGGGAGAAUGUGAGCCCUGCCACCGAGCCUGCAAAACCUGCACUGGACUUGGCUACGAUGAGUGCAGCAGCUGCAGAGGAGGAUUGCAGCUGUCGCAUGGGAAGUGUGUAGGUCCCACCCAGACCCAGGUGGAAGGCAAAUUCUGGAAUGAACCCGUGCCCACUGCAAGCCCAUCUUUGAUGAAGAGCCUGCUGCAGGAACGACGAAGGUGGAAGGUUCAAACCAAAAGAGGCAUUUUUAGAAAAUACCAGCCUUGUCAUUCUUCUUGUAAAACCUGUAAUGGGUCUGCGACUCUGUGCACUUCCUGUCCAGAAGGCACGUAUCUGUUGGCUCAGGCCUGUGUGUCCUCCUGCCCCCAAGGCACAUGGCCUUCAGCCAGGAGUGGCAGCUGUGAGAAGUGUACAGAAGACUGCGCUUCUUGCUCUGCAAGCCACCUUUGCGAAAAGUGCCGGGUUCACCCUGACCACCCGCUCUUCCUCCACGACGGCAGAUGCUUCUCCAAGUGCCCCGAGAGCUUUUAUGCAGAAGAUGGCAUAUGUGAACGCUGCCACUCACCUUGCAGAACUUGUGAAGGAAAUGCCACCAGCUGCCGUUCUUGUGAAGGGAACCUCGUACUGGACCAGGGAGUGUGCCGGGAAGUCUGCCCAGAGAGGCAUGUGGCCAUGGACGGGGUGUGCAAGCACUGCCCAGAGAUGUGUCAGGACUGCAUCCAUGAGAAAACGUGCAAAGAGUGCGUGCCUGACUUCGUCCUGUACAAUGACGCGUGCCGCCAGUCCUGUCCCUCCGGCUUCUACGCUGACUCCCGCCACUGCGUCCCCUGCCACGCGCUCUGCCUGGAGUGCCGAGGCCCGGAUGCGGACGACUGCAGCGUCUGUGCGGAUGCCAGCUCGGUUUUCUACGAAGGGCUGUGUUUGGACGAGUGUCCGGCGGGAACUUACUUUGCAGAGGAGACUAAAGACUGCAAAGAUUGCAGCAAGACCUGCCUCACCUGCUCGGCGUCUGGGGCCUGCACGAGCUGUCAAGAUGGCCUGAGGAUGGACAGCCGUGGGAGAUGCCAGGCUUACAGGGAGUGCGCCCCCUCCGAGUACUGGGACGCGGAGGCCCACGAGUGCAAACCCUGCCACCCUAAGUGCUUCCGCUGCUCGGGGCCCACCAAGGACCAGUGUCACACGUGCCCGGGGAACAGCCUUCUCCUCAACAUGACCUGCGUGGAGGACUGCCCCAAGGGCUACUACAUCGAGGAUGGCCACCGCUGUGCCCCCUGCCACAGCUCCUGUCGGACAUGUGAAGGGAGGCACAGACUGCAGUGCCAGUCCUGCCAACCAGGCUGGUUCCAGCUGGGGAAGGAGUGCCUGCCCCAGUGCAGGGAAGGAUAUUAUGCAGAAAACGCCACCGGACAGUGUGAGAGGUGCAACAAGAGCUGCAAGGCAUGCUGGGGCCCAAAGCCCACGAAUUGCCUGUCUUGCGAUACAUUUUUCUUUCUGCUCCACUCCAAAGGCGAGUGUCAUCGCACCUGCCCUGAGCAUUACUUUGCAGAGCAAAGCACACAGACCUGUGAAAGAUGUCAUCCAACUUGUGAUAAAUGCAAAGGAACAGGAGCACUGAAUUGCUUGUCCUGUGUGUGGAGUUACCACCUCCAGGGAGGAAUCUGCAGCUCGGACUGUGUUGUGGGGAAAUACAGAGUGGGCGAGGGGGAGGAAUUUAACUGCGAAAAAUGCCACGAUAGCUGCGUGGAGUGCAAGGGUCCCGGAGUCAAGAACUGCACCGUGUGUCCUGCCAACCUGGUGCUACACAUGGAUGACGGCCGCUGCCUGCGCUGCUGCAAUGCCUCUGAUCCCACCGACGCCCAGGACUGCUGUGACUGCCACAAAACCAGGGAUGAGUGCAUCCUUCGCCCAAGCGAGAUUGGGCCUGCCACUGAGCGCUCCAAGACAGCUCUGUUCAUCACCUCCUCCGUUAUGUUGGUGGUUCUGCUCGGGGUGGCUGUAUUUGUGUGGAAGAAAUCACAGGGUCGGGCCCAGCCCACAGCAAAGGUCAGCUAUGAAAAGCUGACUGACACAAGCAGGGUUUACUCCUCCUAUACGAGCAGCCACCGUGAGAGCACCAGCUUUGAAGAGGAUCAGGUGAUUGAGUACAGGGACCGGGACUACGAGGAGGAUGACGAAGAUGACAUCGUCUACAUGGGCCAAGAUGGCACCAUCUACCGGAAAUUUAAGUAUGGGCUGCUGGAGGAUGAUGACGAAGACGAGCUGGAAUAUGAUGAUGAGAUCUACUCCUAUAAGUAACUGCAGGCCACCCCCUACCCAUUCCACUCAUGGGCAUGUGUGUGAGCGUUGCUGGUUUGGGUUUUAGGCACCCACACAAGGCAGAGAUGUGAGUGUGUGUGUUCAUCUUCUUAAUUACGAGUCCAAACGGAGUACAUUAGAAUGCUGAAAUUCUUUGCUCUUCUUUUGGGUGGCUAAACUCAAUUAAUAGUUCUUGUUCCACCGUAAUUGAGGAGCAAGAAUAAAAUUCAGAGGCAUUUUCCUCAAAACAGUGUAUUUAGACACAAAAUGCAGAAAGUGACAAGAAGUGAGGUUUCUACAAACUGUCUUAUGUGAUUGAAAAAAAAUUCCACUUCUAGAUAAAUAUCCAAAGAAAGUGAAAACAGGGUCUCAAACAGCUACUUGUACACCAGUGUUUAUAACAGCAUU